AUGGCAAUCAUGAAGGACGAUCCAUUAAUUCGGGAGACGCUUGUAAAACGUCUGAUUAGUCGAGGUGCUGAUAUCAACGCCAGAGCCAUUCCAAGAAUGCAAGGAAAGCUUCUGCUCAAGGCAGGAAAUACUCCUUUACAUAUGGCAUCUAUACGAAAACAACAUAAAAUCGCAAAGAUCCUGCUAAACCAUAAAGCCGAACGGCGGCCUCAAAACGAUGAUAUGAUGACGCCGUACGAUUAUGCCAAGAAUAACAAUGAUGAGAAGAUGAUGACGAUAUUGAAGGAGUACAGAGGCGAAGACAAAGAAAAGAAGAAAACGAAACCAGAAAAGAAAACCCCUCUGACCGCCAGAAAAGAGGAACCAAGAGGAAUAGAUGAACGAGGAAGGACGCAAUCCUUUGAUGAGGCCUCGGUGAAAGACCGUAGAAAGGAACAUGACGGGUUAGACGAACUCAUCAAAGACCCGGAUGCCAAUGUUAAUAUCAGAAACGCAAAUGGGUUGUACCCACUACACCAAGCUAUAAUGCGGAACGACCCCGUAGAAAGAAAUCAACUGGUAGAAGCUCUGAUCCGAAAAGGCGCGGAAGUUAAUGGCCGAGCACUGAAGAGUGGGAACACGCCAUUGCAUCUGGCCGUCACACGGAAUCAACUCGGGACGACCAGGCUCCUCCUGUCUUAUAUGCCAACCCUCACUGUCCCAAACAACGCAGGUAAGACGCCGUACGCUAUUGCCGAGGAUAAUGGAAAUAUGGAAAUCUUAUCUCUGCUGGAAUCGUACAAAAGAAAUGUUGUCAAUAAAAGAAGGGAUCAGUCAGUCCGUGACAAACAAAAUUGUGUGAUAUCAUAA